AUGCGUUCGGAUCGUCUGGUCGGCCAGCGUCAACUGAGUGUGAAGCCUCAGGAGGGCAGCAAGGCCUCGAAAUAUGCGGAAGCUGUCGAAGGCAGAAGUGCUGCGGUGAAGCAAAUCCCGUCAAAAUUACUCACGAUUCCUGUGUGCACGCAGGAAAGAAAGAAAAUUGCCAUCAGACGUCGGAUUGAGGAGCAUUGGCGCCGUAUUGUUGGGCUAAAUUCGCCGUGGUAG